AUGAAUCAUGGGUUCAAGAUGCUUUUGAAAUCCAACUGGGUCCUUUAUGGAAUCAGAAAAAAAUACUAUAUAUCUCCGAAAAUUUCAGAUGUUCCGCAAGGUCCAAGUAACGUUGAAGUCCGGGGUCAAACCGAGAACAGUGUCACCUUAAAAUGGGAUCGGCCGAAAAAUGAUGGUGGAUCAAAAGUGACACAAUAUCAAGUUGAAAUACGGAAACCUGGUAGUGACGCAUGGGAGCCCGCAAGUGAUUUUCCGUUGAAAGGAACAGAAUUAACUGUGGAAAAUCUUCAACCGAAUAAAGCCUACGAAUUUCGCGUGAAGGCCAAAAAUGCUGCUGGAUGGAGUCAACCGACGGUACUUGAUCGGCCAGUAACAUUAAAACCUGAUUAUGUGCCACCCAGUUCACCGAGUACACCUGAAGUGAAAAAAGUUGGGAAAAACUUUGUUGAAUUAGCAUGGUCGCCGCCAACCAACGAUGGAGGAAGAUACAUUGUUGAGAAGAAACCUGCAGGCAGCGAUCAGUGGACAAAAGCUACACCAUAUACAGUAUUAGAUAAUAAUGUAACAGUUACUGAUUUACCAGAAAAUGGUGAAUUUGAAUUUCGCGUGAAAGCAGUAAAUAGAGCCGGUGAAAGUGAACCGAGUGGAGUGACGAAUCGUAUAAAAAUUUCCGAAUUUCCAAAUGGUCGGAAACCAACAUUCACAAAGAAAAUAGCGGAUGUUAAUGCAGCAAUUAACAGUGAAGUAUCAUUUACAGCUGAUUUUGAAUCAAAUCCAGCGCCUGAAGUGAAAUGGUAUCGAAACGGUAUGGAACUUUCACCAAGUGGCCGCUACCGAAUUAGUACAAAACCAAACGAGUUAACAUCAACCCUAACAUUUAUGGAAGUAUGGGAAACUGAUAAUAAUUCAACAAUUACUUGUGAACUAGUCAAUCCGUUAGGAAAAGAAUCAUGCGACGCAAUAUUUCGCGUAAAAACUCCACCAAAAUUGGAUCGUGAACCAGGUGAUCAAAAAGUGAAUCUCGGUGAAACUCUAAAAGUUAAAAUUCCUAUUAACGGCAAAGGACCGUAUACAUUUAAAGUGAAAAAAGACGAUCAAAGUUUACCUGAUGACAAACGUGUUCGUGUUCAAGAAUUUGACGAUUAUAUUGUUGUAACAAUACCAGACGUUGAAAGAGAAGAUGCCGGAAAAUAUGUUAUUAAUGUAGCAAACGAUUCUGGUUCUGUCAACGUUCCAAUGAAAGUGAAAGUAACAGGUCCAUUAGAAAUUUCAAAUGUAUCAAAAGAUCACUGCACUUUAUCAUGGAAACCGCCAAAAGAUGAUGGAGGCGCUAAAGUUCAAGGAUAUAUUGUUGAACGUCGCGACACAUCAAGAGGAGCUGAUCAAUGGAUUCCAGUUACUCAAGCUUGCAAAGAUCUUUCACUCACUGUACCAAAUUUGUUGGAAAAUCAUGAAUAUGAGUUUCGAGUUAUGGCUAUAAAUGAAAAUGGGACGAGUGAACCAUUACGUUCAUCUGCACCAAUUGUUGCCAAACUUCCGUUUAAGCCCCCUGGUGCACCUGGACAACCAGAUGUGGCUGAAAUGACAAAUACCAACGUCACAUUAACAUGGGAAAAACCAACAUCGGAUGGUGGUGGUCCCAUAACCGGCUAUUGGGUAGAAAAGAAAGAACAGGGUACUGAUAAAUGGACGCCUGUCAAUUUAACUCCUACACAGAAUACAAGAUUAACUGUACCAAAUCUAGUCGAAGAUCAUACAUACGAAUUUCGUGUGACAGCUGAGAAUGAAGCUGGCAAAGGCAAUCCGUCUGAAGCAUCAAAAGCUUGCAAAGUUAAAGAUCCAAAUGCUGCUACUGCUCCAGAAUUUCUUAAAAAAUUACAAGAUGUUGAAGCAAACGAAGGCAAAACUGUUCGUUUAGAAGUUGAAGUAAUUGGUACACCUAAACCUGAUAUUGAAUGGUACAAAGGAACAAAAGAAAUAUCUGAUAGUAUGAAAUAUAGUAUGACUAGAGAUGGUGAUAAAUGUGUGAUAGUAAUUAAUAAUGUUACACCAGAUGAUGUUGACGAGUAUAGUGUAAAGGCCAGAAAUAAAGGCGGUUCAAGAAUGUGUCGUUGCAAUGUUAGUGUCAGAUCUCCUCCUCGUCUUCGACUUCCUCCAAAAUAUCAAGAUGUAUUAAACUAUGAUAAAGGAGAAACUAUUCAAAUUAAAAUACCGUACACUGGUAGUCCAUUACCAAAUGUAACACUUCUUCACGGCGAUAAAGAUGUGACAAAAGCCAAUAAUGUCACAGUUGAUGUUGGUGAUCGAGCAAUUACAUUGACAAUUCGAAAUCCCGAUAAAAAUACAAGUGGACCAUACAAGCUAAAAUUAGAGAAUAAUCUUGGCGAAGAUGAAGCAACAUUACGCCUUCAUGUAUCAGAUGUUCCACAUGCUCCUCGAAAUGCCCAAGUUGAUUCCGUAACAGAGGAUUCGGCUGUAAUCUCGUGGCGUGCACCUGCUGAUGAUGGUGGUAGUUUUAUAACAAAUUAUGUUAUUGAGAAACUUGAUCCUGAUACGGGAAGAUGGAUUAAAUGUGGUACAAGUCGUUUUACACAUUUUACAGCUGAAAAGCUUCAACCAAAUAAAUCGCAUCAAUUUCGAAUAUUAGCAGAAAAUAUUUUUGGCACGGGAGAACCGUCAGAGCCAACAAAACCAGUUGAAACGUCAGACUCGGAUGCAAACCGCAGAGGUCUGGGACGUAAAGAUGAUGAUCUAUCGAGACGAAAAAAUAAGGAUUUACCAAAAUUAGAUAAUUAUGAUCGAUGCUUCUGGGAUAUUUGGGAUAAAGGACGUAAACCACAACAAGCGUCAUUGAAACGUGGAAGUGUAUAUGAUUACUAUGAUAUUUUAGAAGAGAUUGGACGUGGAGCAUUUGGUGUUGUCCAUCGUGCAAUUGAAAAAGCAACGGGUAAAACAUAUGCCGCAAAAUUUAUUCCCACACUAACUCCAGCUGAUAAAUCAACCGUUCGACGUGAAAUUGAAGUGAUGGGUGAUCUAAAUCAUCCAAAAUUAUUGCAUUUACACGAUGCAUUUGAAGAAGAAGUUGAAAUGGUUAUGAUCACGGAAUUUGUUGCUGGUGGUGAAUUAUUUGAUCGUAUUGCCGAUCCCAAUUAUAAAAUGACAGAAAAUGAAGCUAAAAAAUAUAUGAGACAAAUUUGUCGAGGAUUAGAACAUAUGCAUGAAAAUAAUAUUGUACAUCUCGAUCUUAAGCCCGAAAAUAUCAUGUGUGAAACAAAAACAAGUACAAAUAUAAAAAUUUGUGAUUUUGGUUUGGCUACAAAACUUGAUCCAAAUGAAGUUGUUAAAGUUAGUGCAGCAACUGUUGAAUUUGCCGCACCCGAAAUUGUUGAUCAUGAUGCUGUUGGUUUUUAUACGGAUAUGUGGGCUGCCGGUGUACUAUCCUAUGUUAUUUUGAGUGGUCUCUCACCUUUUGGUGGCAAUGAUGAUAAUGAAACAAUUGAUAAUAUUCGAAAAUGUGAUGUACGAUUUCCAAAUGAAGCAUUCGGUGAUAUAUCUGAUGAGGGAAAAGAUUUUAUUAAAAAAUUAUUGUUAAAAAAUCGAAAUGCUCGUAUGACCGUACAUGAUGCACUUGAUCAUCCAUGGUUGAGAGAAGAUAAACCAGAACUUGACACAAGAAUACCAUCAUCACGCUUCGACAAAGUUCGUCAACGUGUACGAGAUCGAUAUGCUGGUUGGCCCGAUCCGGCCUGUGGUAUUGGUCGUAUGGCUGGAUGGAGUUCAUUGCGUAAAAAUAAACCACAAGAAUAUAAUAUUUACAAUUCAUUCUGGGAUCGACGAGAAGCUGCACCAAGAUUUAUUAUACGACCACAUAAUGCUCAUGUAUUAGAAGGACAAAAUGCUGAAUUUGAUUGCAGAAUAAUAGCUGUAUCGCCACCAGUUGUCAGCUGGUAUCGCGAUAAUAAUGAACUUCGUCAAUCAACAAAACAUUUGAAAAAAUAUGAUAGAAAUAAUUAUAAAUUGGAGAUUAAACGAUGCUUACAAGAAGAUAAAGGAGAAUACGUUGUUAAAGCCACAAAUAGUUACGGUGAUAGAGAAUACGCCGUCUUCUUGACCGUGGAACACUAUAUUGAAGAUAAUUUAGUGUCGCGCUUAUUUAUUGCAACAAUAAUGAGCUAUUAUUACGAUUCAUCUUGGUCCGGUUUUGCUCAUGUUCUCUAUGGUGGUUCAUCGAAACGCUACCAUUUUGAAUCGCCUUAUGCUUAUCGUUGCUUAUAUAAACAUCGUCUACUUUCUCGUGCACAAUCGAGUGUACCAUAUUCUCUUCCAGAGGCUCCCAGACAUGAGGCACGAGAGGUUAGCCAUCAGCGACGUUUGCCUCAAGACAUGGAAUUUGACCUGUGGCGUGAACCAGACGCAAAACCAGUGUUCACAUUUUUAUUACGUCCACGCCUCAUUCAAGAAGGCAUUAAUUGUAAACUACUUUGUUGUGUUAGUGGUAAACCAACACCAAAGUGGUUUAAAGACCGAACCCAAUUAUCGGAAACUGAUUCCCACUAUAUAACAGCCACUGUCCAUGGUGUUUGUACAUUAGAAAUUUCCUCUUGUGAAUUAGCUGAUACUGGUAUGUUCAGAUGUUAUGCCACUAAUCCAUUAGGAUCAGAUGAAACGUCGUGCUUCGUCCAUAUCGAAGAGGUCCGACGUACACGUCGAGCCCACUCAACCAUGCCAGGAGAGGAUAAUCGUGGACAUAGCAGAGCCAGAUCUCCAUCACCAAGUCGAACAAUGGGAAGAGAUUCGAGUUGGAGAGAAAAAUUAGGAGCUGGUGAAAAACCUGCACGUGAUACAUUGGAAGUUGAAAAACCAAGUAAGGACAAUAUUUAUUGUAUACUGCUAAUAUCAAACAAUACAUAUUCAAAUAUUCUUAUAGAGAAACGUGAGCAACGUAAAGAAGCUCCUAAAUUUAUUGAUCAAUUAUCGAGUGUUACAGUAUUCGAAGGUUCAACAGCUAAACUACGCUGUGAAGUCAAAGGAAAACCCACCCCUACAAUUGAAUGGUUGAAAAAUGGCGAAUCCAUUUCAAAAGAUUCUCGUAUCAAUGAGUCUUAUGAUGAUGAUGUUGCCACGUUGAUAAUCAAAAAAAUCAAAUUAGAAGACGAUGGAGAAUAUAUCUGUCGUGCUUCAAACGAUGAAGGAUCUGACAAUAGUAGUGCACAAUUAACUGUCAAAGCUCAUGUAGCUAGUGCCGAUGAUGAAUCAUACGCUGAAUAUAUAAACAAAGAGGAUGAAGUACCAACUGGAACAGCACUUACGAGUGAAGAAGCUCCAGUCUCAGCUGAACAAACUAGUGAAGCUGCUCCAACCACUGGUUCAGAAGUUGCUGAUACAUCAGCGCCAGCAGAAGCCGCUGCCACAGCUUCAACGGAGUCUGUUCAACCACAAAGUGAUGGCGUUGCUAGUGACACAGCAGCCAAACAAGAAGAAAAAUUACCAUCGGAAGCUGUUGCUGAAAUCCCUGCAGAUGCAACUAUCCCGACUGAAACAGCACCUGUCGAGGCUCCAGUUGUCGCUCCUGCUGCAAAAACCAGCGCGCCUGAUACCAAAACAACCACCAAGAAGGGUGCUGAGGAAAAAAAACCAGCAGCAGCUCCUGAGAAAAAGCCCUUGGGAACGGCGGCAAAGAAAACUGUUGAGCCAGCCAAGAAACCUGAACCGGAAAAGAAAGAUACGAAAAAAGUUGAUGAGAAAAAGCCCGAAGUAGGGAAAAAAGAUACAAAAAAGGUUGAAGAAAAACCGAAAACAGACGACAAAGACACGAAAAAAGUUGAAGCAACACCGGUCGCACAACCAGUUGAAGAAACACCGGUUGCACCACCAGCUGAAGAAGAGAAAAAACCAGAGGAAGAUAAGAAACCAAAAGAUAAGAAAGAUGAAGAAGAAAAACCAGCUGGAAAAGAAGAAAAAGUCAAAUUUACAAAACAUGUGAAAUCACAAAAUUUAAUGGAGGGUGAUCCUCUUCUAUUGGAGUGUAUUGGAGUUGGUAAUAACUUAAACCUUGUAUGGUUACGAAAUAACAAAGAAAUACCGGAAAAUCCAGAAUUUAAACGAGAACGUGACGGUGAUAAUUUUAGAUUAAAUGUUACUGAAGUAUUUCCCGAAGAUAGUGGCGUAUUUUCCGCUCUAUUAGAAGAUUCGACUAGCUCACGUGUAUCAUCAUGUUCUGUUAUAAUUCAAGCGAGUGAUGAAGAACCACUUGAUCCAAACUUUGUUCAAUUCCCACAAAAUUUAACUGUAGAUGAAAGUGGAAAAGCAAAAUUUAAUUGUAAACUAUCCGGUACAACACCAAUGACUGCUCAAUGGAACUUUCAAGGAAAACCAAUAGACGUUGAUUCUAGUCGUUUUGUAUUUACUGACGCAGAACCAGAAUUUUCAAUGGAAAUUCCUAUUGUGUUAGCUACAGAUGAAGGACAAUAUCAUGUUACAUUAUCGAAUGAUAAAGGCAAAAUAACCGCAGCGUUUAGUUUACAUGUUCUCGUUGACCAAUCAUGA